ACGCCCAAUGGGCUCCCAAACAUGUCACAUUGCCAGUCUCUCAUUCUCAUUGGUCCGUACAACACUCGCACCGGAGCGUUCGCGCCAUCUCUCCGGAGCAUCGUGCCGAUUCGCUCCCUCCGUACAGACGCCGGCGAGUCGAACUCAGUCAUGGCCGCCGCCAACUCCGUCCGAGUCGCCGCCGCUCAGAUGACCUCCGUCAACGACCUCGCCGCCAACUUCGCCACCUGCUCUCGCCUCGUCAAAGAAGCAGCUUCAGCUGGGGCGAAAUUGAUAUGCUUUCCUGAAAACUUCGCCUUUGUGGGUGCCAAAGAUGGGGAAAGUCUUAAAAUAGCAGAACGUUUAGAUGGACCCAUAAUGCAACAAUACUGCUCUUUAGCAAGAGAAUCAGGCAUUUGGUUGUCACUUGGUGGUUUCCAACAAAAAGAACCUGAUGAUAAGCGCUUGAGUAAUACCCAUGUUGUAAUUGAUGAUGCUGGGAACAUCAAAAGCACUUAUAAGAAGAUACACUUGUUUGAUGUAGAUAUUCCUGGUGGAAGAUCAUUUAAGGAAAGCAGCUUCACGGAGGCAGGAAAGAAUGUUGUCACAGUAGACAGCCCAGUUGGACGAUUGGGUCUCACGGUUUGCUAUGAUCUAAGAUUUCCAGAUCUUUACCAGAACCUCAGGUUUCAACAUGACGCACAGGUCUUAUUGGCACCUUCAGCCUUCACAUUGGUAACAGGCCAGGCACACUGGGAGAUUCUCCUUCGUGCUCGUGCAAUUGAGACACAGUGCUAUGUCAUUGCUUCUGCACAAGCUGGAAAGCAUAAUGCUAAUCGAGAAAGCUACGGUGAGACAUUGAUUAUUGAUCCAUGGGGUACAGUAGUUGGUCGGCUUCCUGAUCGACUGUCAACAGGGAUUACUGUGACUGAUAUUGAUUUCUCACUGCUCGAUUCAGUCAGAACAAGGAUGCCAAUUUCUAACCAUAGGAAGCCCGUUGACUUCUGGAAAUCUGCAUCACUAUGAUAUCAAUCUACAAGAUGGAGUAUGACAGCCAUUUUGCGUUUAUUUGUACUAUUAAAUGCCGGACAGUGUGCUAUUUCCUGUUUGUAUUUAUUGGAAAAGUGGUGGCAUAUUUUAGCUACCCUUUGAACUGUAAUAAGCAUUUCCAUAAUAAUUCUCCUUAAAGAAAAUUCGGGACUGAGUCCUUGGGU